AUAUUGAAAAAACCCAAUAAGAUUUUCUGAAAAAGCAAACUAAAGAAGUUUUCGAGAGAGUAAAAGAGGUAAGAGGAGACUUGGAUGAGUUUGGCUUUGACUAGCUCUUCUUCAUUGUCGCAUGUUGAAUCCAAAUAGACCCAUCUCUUUUCUCGCUUCCAUAAUCUCUCUUAAUCCCUGCCGUCGCCACUGGAAGCAAAAAGAUCAGUUCUUGAUAGAUCCAUCUGUGUAUUGAUCCCCUAUUCUCUCCAUUUGCCAUCCAAAGUUGUUUUCAGGGCUUUGUUUAUGGAUUGGAGUUGUUUGUUGUAAUUCCGACGGAGUUCUUCUUCUACUACUAACAAGCAAGAAGCUGAUAUAGUUCAAUAGGGUUAGAUUAAUAAAAUGGGGGGUAUUUGCUCAAGAGCAGUAGCUGUAGAUAAAUCCCCUAGUGAUAUUACUCUUAACAUCAAUGGUGUCAGAGGUCAUGAUCUCAUGGAGCCACCAGCUGAAGAAACAAUGGUGGAGUUUAGAGAAGGUGGUGCCUUCUCAUUUUCGGACCCGUGUGUUCCGAAGCCGAAGAAACCUCAGUUGUCAAGGGUUCAUUCGGAGAGAUCAACUAAAACUAAGCAAACCACCAAGGUUUCAGAAGUGAGUUCUCUUUUGGGAAGGGCUGGCACUGUUGGCUUUGGCAAAGCAGUAGAUGUGUUAGAUACCCUUGGUAGUAGCAUGACUGGGUUAAACAUCAAUAGUAGUUUUGUAUCAGGGACAGCCCUAAAAGGAAACAAAAUAUCCAUUCUGGCUUAUGAGGUUGCCAACACGAUAGUUAAAGGUGCCAAUCUCAUGCAAUCACUUUCUAAAGAAAGCAUGAAACAUUUGAAAGCAGUGGUCAUUCCUUCGGAGGGUGUGCGGCUUUUAAUAUCUAAAGAUAUGGAUGAAUUAUUGAGGAUAGCUGCGAAUGACAAAAGGGAAGAGUUGAAAAUAUUUUCAGGAGAGGUAGUUAGAUUUGGUAAUCGUUGCAAGGAUCCUCAGUGGCAUAACUUAGACCGCUACUUUGCCCGACUAGAAUCAGAAGUUACAUCCCAAAAGCAUCUGAAAGAAGAGGCAACUGAAAUGAUGCAACAAAUGAUGACAUUGGUUAAGAAUACAGCUGACCUGUAUCAUGAAUCACAUGCCCUAGAUAGAUUUGAACAAGAUUAUCGGCGGAAACUUCAAGAAGAAGAGAAUUCAAAUGCAGUACAGAAAGGUGAUAAUCUUCAAAUUCUAAGGCAAGAGUUGAAGAGCCAACGGAAACAUGUAAAGAGCUUAAAGAAAAAAUCACUGUGGUCAAGGAGCUUAGAAGAGGUUAUAGAGAAGCUUGUAGACAUCGUUCACAUUUUACAUUUGGAAAUUCAUGAUGCCUUCGGAACUGCAGAUGGAGAUCGACCUGUGAGAAAAUCCAUCAACAGUCACCAAAGAUUAGGUUCAGCUGGCCUUGCAUUGCACUAUGCAAAUAUUAUUAGUCAAAUUGAUACUCUUGUAUCUCGAUCGAAUUCUGUGCCUUCAAACACGAGGGACUCAUUAUAUCAAGGGCUGCCCCCAAGAGUAAAAUCUGCUUUGCGAUCUAAACUGCAAUCAUUUGAGGUCAAGGAAGAGCUCACAGUCCCUCAAAUCAAAGCUGAAAUGGAGAAAACAUUGAAAUGGCUAGUUCCUAUCGCCAAUAACACGACCAAGGCACAUCACGGCUUUGGCUGGGUUGGAGAAUGGGCUAACACAGGGACUGACUUAAACCGAAGCCCAGGUGGACAAUCCAACUUAAUUCGUAUAGAGACACUAUACCACGCCGACAAGGAUAAAACUGAGAAUUAUAUACUAGACCUAGUAAUUUGGCUUCAUCAUCUCAUUACUCAGUCUAGAUCUGGCAAUGGAAUUAUCAGGUCACCUAUAAAAUCUCCAAUCCGAUCGCCCACAGAAAAAAACACUAACAUCUCUUCAACUGCAAACAAAUCAAGUGCUCAAUUACCGAUGCUUUCUCAAGAAGACCAAGAGAUAUUAAAAUAUGUAGGUAAUUGGAAGAAUACUCCGGGGAUAAGCAAGAGCCAGGAGUUUGCCACGGGCAAUACACGGGCGAGGAAGGAUAUUAAGCUGAGUAAAAGUAGUAGUCAUUCUCCGAUGAGUGAGAGUAUGGCUAAAGAGUUGCCAUUGAUGAGGAGGCCUGCUUUUGUUCCCUUUGAUGAUUUUGAUAUUGAUAGGAUUAAAGAUUUGGAUGUUGUUGACAGAGUGGAGACACUCAGAAACCUUUGAGUUCUAUGUGAAAUUGAUACGGGCACAGAAUGCACGUGCAUUGACUGAGUGAGCGUGAAAGGGAUUUGGGGAGAGUUUUUUUUGGGGGUAACUCAUUGGUGAUAAGGAUGUAAGGAUUGAGUGGUAGGACAAUAGAGAAUUCUUUGCUUCCCCACCUUUUUUUGUUGUUGUAUAUGUACUGAUAUGGGAGAUAAUAGUGGUUUAGAUUGUAUUAUAUGUGGGUAAUUCUUCAUUUGUAUACGUAAGCUCAAUUGAAAUGAGGAUUGGGCAGCAUUGCAGAAUUA